ACGUAGACGAGUGUACGUUAAUGCCUGUUGCGUCUACGAUACGACACCGCUAACUCCGGCGCAGAAUUGUGAUGUUUGGACUGUUAUACUAAACUGUGAACUUGUGACAUUAUACGAACGUUCUCAAACGAACUCUUUUGUUAAGUGUUUGUGAAGUCAGUGCAAGAUGCUUGUGGAGGAUUCGCAGGCCACUCGUGCAUUGAUGACGAAGAAGUAUGCGCAUUGUCCGCUGAAGAAGCGGCCGGUGCUGGUGCGGGAGGAGCGCCCGUCGACACCGCCCACAACGCCGCCUCACCCCGCCCACAUGGCUACGAGACUUUACUAUGAUUAUCAUUGUGAUACCGAAAAUGAUGAACCUCAGAAUCUUAGCACAAAACCGGAAGAUCUCUCAAAGACUGGAAACUACCCAAGUAAAGCGUCAUCACCUGUAGCUGCUACUGCGGUUAAAGUAGAACCUCGCGAAUGGUCGCAACAGCCACUGGAAUAUUUAGAAGCUUGCCAGGCUCGUUUUGAGCCAACACCGACCACACUCGCCCGUCCUACGCCGCAGUACGCCUAUUUACCAACACUGUACGCGCCCUAUCCUCUGGAGGAGUUAUACCCAGCCGCGCCAGCGCUGACGCCUCCUACGCAUCCACAACUAUAUGCACGCUAUUCACCCGCCUCGCCACCCUCUUCUUGUUCGCCACCACCAUGCCCUGAAGAUUUGCGAUCACCGGGUUCGGUUUCAUCCGAUUCGGGUGUCUCAGUUUCCAAUUCAAGACGUCCACGUUAUCAGUGUCCUGAUUGUGCAAAAUCCUAUUCCACUUAUUCUGGACUUUCAAAACAUCAACAGUAUCAUUGUGCUGCGGCUGAAGGUAGCCUCGCCAGAAAAUCAUUCAGCUGCAAAUACUGUGCAAAAGUAUAUACAUCAUUAGGAGCCCUUAAAAUGCAUAUUCGCACGCACACUUUACCGUGCAAAUGUCAUCUGUGCGGAAAAGCUUUCUCGAGACCCUGGCUUCUACAGGGACAUAUUAGGACGCACACUGGAGAAAAACCAUUCUCUUGUCAUCAUUGUCGACGUGCUUUUGCGGAUAGAUCAAACUUACGAGCACAUCUACAAACUCAUUCAGACGUGAAAAAAUACUCAUGUUCGGGCUGUGGGAAAACAUUCUCACGAAUGUCGCUCCUGAGCAAACACUUGGAAAGUGGAUGUGGGUCUCCUGGAAGUACUCCGUAUGAAUACCGCCCUGAAGCUUUACCGUCGGCGCACACGCAUCAAUCGUUGCCUUCAGCAGCCACGGUACAUGUAUAUUGAGAAGACUGAGCCUCGUAAGAUUCUCGAUCUCGUAUAGUUAUAAAUUUCAUUAGCGAUAACCGCUAUGACAGUACUCUGAUAAUUAUUUAAAUUAUUUUUGUGGAAAAUUAAUGUUAGUCUCAUUCCGUGUGCACAAUAAAAUGAGAAUUUAUUAAUUUUAUAAGAGAACAUUGUACAUUGAAAUCUAAUUAUAAGUUAGGUAUCGUAAGUUAUAGUUGUAGAUAUUUAGUCGCGCUAUAUGCGGCAUCGCUAGUCAUGUGGCAUUUGCCUGGUGUCAUACACAUAUUAAAACCUAUAUUUGUAUCCUAAGCCAUGUACAAAGUGCCUUAAUUAUAAAUAUUAAUAUAUUUCUUGAAAAAAAAAACAAUAGUAUGUCGUAAUAUGCUAUUUUUAUUGUAUAAAAUAUAUGAAAAUAGUGACUAUUCAUAAGGCUAAUUUAGCCAUAUGCCCAUCGCGUUCCUUUCUGUUA